UAACAAACCAAAUCAUCAACACGUGCAAAAAGUAUCUGACCGAGAACAAAACGCUCAGCAUCUGGGAGCAGGACGGCAGUGUGAUCAUCCAGCGGAUGAAUGAAUGCAUUCAGCUCAAUUUGGCCUACCAAGAUGCCUACAGACAAACGCGUCUGGAGAUGAUUGAGACAAACGCACGUCGACAAUUCAAUUUCUCUGAAGUCCAGAUCUUUGGCAACAUGAACUUAUUCACGCAACGGCUCGACUAUUUAACUCGAGUCCUGCGCACUCUGGAGCAGUACUCGGUUCUCCGCGAG